GGGGGGAGGAGGAUGAUGAUGUGUGUUUGUGUGUUUUGAAAUCACGCACAUCUAGUUUGGUUUUUUUUUUCCACGGAUGCCCCGACGCGUCGCAGAAGCGGCUCAGUAGGAACGUGGGAGGAGGGACGCGUUGAAUAAUCCGGUGAAACGACGUCUCGAGAGAACUUUCGAUGGUUUUCCGAAAGUUGCCCGGUGUGUCGGCAUCGGGGAUGGGUCUGCGCCUGUCCCAGAAGUUCGUGUUUCUGCUCUUCCUCUCGGGUUUGGUGACGCUGUGUUUCGGGGCCCUUUUCUUUUUGCCCGACUCUGUCCGCCUGAAGCGCAUUUUUCUGUCCAAGACGGAGACGCAGCCGGUCACCGUGGGCUCCGGCUCCGAGAACGAUGCCCUGGACCACUCGAAACGACCCAAGGUGGUCCCGGAGCGCCCGCGGGGCAUGGCCCCGGCCAGGGGGGAGACCAGCACCAAGCUGAAGAGCCUCAGCCGCAGACCCGCCGCCUCCCGGGAGGCGCCCGAGGAGCGGCUCGCCGGCGGGAGGGCGCAGGAGGACCGGACUGUGCCCAGGUCGAGGACGGAGUCCGCCUCGGCCAGGGCGACCUCCUCCGACCGCGGCGCCACCUCGGAUACUUUCAGCUACGACCGAUUCAAAGGGUGUCUCCUCAAACCCCCGCUGGGGAGGGACACCGGGCGGCCGAGUGACCCCGAGACCAACGAUCGCCGGGAGAAGGUCAAAGAGAUGAUGAAGUUCUCCUGGGACAACUACAAGCGCUACGCCUGGGGCAAGAACGAGCUGCGGCCUCUGACGAGAAAUGGCCACAUUGGCAACAUGUUCGGUGGACUGAGAGGAGCCUCCAUCGUGGACUCCCUGGACACGCUGUACAUCAUGGGGCUGAUGGAGGAGUACAACGACGCCAGGGAGUGGGUGCAGACCAGCCUGGACCUGAACUCGAACGGCGAGGCGUCCCUCUUCGAGGUGAACAUCCGUUACGUCGGCGGCCUGCUGGCGGCGUACUACCUGACAGGAGACGAGAUGUACAAAAAUAAAGUGAUGGAGCUGGGAGAGAAGCUUCUGCCCGCCUUCAACACGCCGACAGGGAUCCCCCGAGGAGUCAUCAACCUGGGGAGUGGCACCAGCUGGAGUUGGGGCUGGGCCUCAGCCGGGAGCAGCAUCCUGGCUGAGUUCGGGACGCUUCACCUGGAGUUCGUCCAUCUGUCGGAGCUCUCCGGGAACCCCAUCUACACGGAGAAGGUGAUGAACAUCAGAAAACUGCUGAACAAGAUCGAGAAACCCCACGGCCUGUACCCCAACUUCCUCAGUCCGGUCAGCGGCAACUGGGUCCAACAUCACGUCUCCAUCGGUGGCCGGGACAGUUUCUACGAGUAUCUGAUCAAAUCGUAUCUGAUGUCCGACAAGACGGACGAGGACGCAAAGAAAAUGUACUACGGCGCGAUGGAGGUAUGGAAAAUCUUAAUUUCUCCUGGUCUCAUGUGUGCAAUGAAAACGGGGCCGAAGCGUCGUUCUUCGGCCUCAGGAAAGCUGCACUUUGAGAUGGAUUCUCAACGGCACACAAAAAAUAAAAACCCCAAACUGAACCUUUUCUCUCCUCUGCCUCCGUCAGCAACCAAGCUGGGGCCCGAGGCGUUCCGAUUCGACGGCGGGGGAGAAGCCACGGCGACCAGGCUGAGCGACAGAUACUACAUCCUGCGACCGGAGGUCAUCGAGAGCUACAUGUACAUGUGGAGGCUGACCCACGACCCCAAGUACAGGGAAUGGGGCUGGGAAGCUGUUGAGGCCCUGGAGCAGCACUGCAGGGUGGAGUCCGGCUUCUCCGGGAUCCGAGACGUUUACAGCAUGACGGCCAGCCACGACAACAUGCAGCAGAGCUUCUUCCUGUCGGAGACUCUCAAGUAUCUGUACCUGCUCUUCUCCGACGACGACCUCCUCCCGCUGGAGGACUGGGUCUUCAACACGGAGGCCCACCCGCUGCCCGUCGUCCGCCGGAGCUGCGCGCAGGACGAGGCCACGCGGGACAAGACGUCCCCCGAAUGAGACCCGGGACGCCGCCCCCCCCCCCCUGGCCACACACCCCCCUCACCCCCCCACCCGCGAUGAGAGGGACGGACGCGGCAGACUUUUUCCGGGGAGCGCGCCGCGUGACCCUUGACCCAUUCCCGGUAGGGGGGGGGGCGCCGCCCGCUUCGCGCCGUGAUUGUAUGACCUUUGCGCCGGAGGGGCCGCUUCCUGCUGGCGAUUCUAAUUCUUCUUCUUUUUUUUUUUUUUCUUUUGUGAACAAUCAAGAACAAACAUGACUUUCAUGAAAAGACCACCUUUAUUCUUUCCUUCUUUCCUCUAUGAGGAAACCAGUAUAAAGUCGUGGGAGGAGGGUUGGACUUUGGGCCGUGAUGCCAGGAAGAGAAAGAGAGAGAGAGAGAGAGAGUGAGAGAGAGAGAGAGAGAGAGAGAGAGAGAGAGAGAGAGAGAGGGGAAACGUGUCGACGACCACGUGAGUCCGUUGUUUCGUUUUAUCUUAAGCGAUGAAUGAUGUCCGCGCGUCGUCAUUGCGUCUUUUCCUUUGUGAGUCCACUCUUUGACCAAAGGUUGCUUUGCAUUUAUAUUUCCCUCUUUCUGGUAAUUGUGUUUUUUUUUUGGUGAGUUUUGACCGAAGGUGAAAAUUAACAAGAGGCUUGAGCUCUAAUGAGUGUUGAUUAAUGUACAAACACAAAAUGUGAUCCUCAAAUUCGGCUUUAAGAUAAUGUUGAUGUCAUGUUUCCUACUGAAACAAGCUUGAAUGAAUUUUAAAAGUUCGCAGGUGUCUGGAUUAGCGGAAGUGUCUUAUGCAUCCGGGGACAGUUAAAAAAAAAAAAAGAAGAAAA